AUGUCCAGUCACGACUAUUAUGGCCACGGUGAAAGCCAGGGUCAUGGCCAGAAUCAUGGCUACGGCUACGAUGGCGCGAACCAGCAGCAACAAGGGUAUGCCGCAAAUCAGGGCUAUCCUCCUGAGGGCCAGCCGUAUGGACAGCAGUCGCACGGCCAGUACAACCAGGGACACAGUCCCUACCCCCAAGGACAGAGCCAAUAUCCCCCGCCUUCCAACCAUCCCUACGGCCAAGCGCCACAGCAAGGCUAUGGUGUCCCACAACAGGGCCAGCACGACCCAAACCGAAACACUUCUCCUUACCCGCCGCCCGCCCAGCAUCAGCAAGGCUAUAACGGCCAAAGCCAGCAGUACGGCACUUCUCAACAGCAGCAUGGAUACGGUGAUCAGCAAGGCUAUGGCGCCCAGCAGCACGGUCAGCCUGGCGCGCCUGGCGGUCCCGCAGAGGGCGACCGCGGGCUAGGUUCUACGCUCGUCGGCGGUGCUGGAGGCGCAUUUCUCGGCAACAAGCUGGGUGGUGGAGCCCUGGGUACGAUUGGUGGUUUGGUUGCAGGCGCCAUUGGCGCAAACAUGCUGAGUGAUAAAAAGGAGAAGAAGCAUAAGGAGCACAAGAAACACAAGAAGCAUAGCAGUCAUGGAUCUCACCACGGUUCCUCGCAUCAUGGCUCGUCCCACCACGGAUCAUCGUAUGCCGGUUCUUCUGCUGGAUUAGGUGGCUUGUAUCCUGACAGUGGGCACAAGAAGCACAAGAAAUCCAGAAGUCGCAGCCGAGGUGGUCACAGCAGCUCGUCUUCCAGCAGCGACUCAGACUAA